UGAAUGGAGUCACAGGAUUGCUGGCGAUAGUUCACCCGUUUAGAGGGCCCACGGCCUAAGAGGAGGGGAAGUGAUUGUCCGAGUGUAGGGUUGGCUGAGUGUUCUAUAAAGAUCAACUAGCCCUGUUUGUUCUGCUUCUGAUUUAAUUUAUUUCAGUCUUCAAUUACUUUCCUGUCUCUGUCUUCUUCUUGCAACACCUCGCCACAAUUGAAUAUGCCUUACCCUGAGGAAGCUGAGGGAUUCCAAGUGGAUAGCCCUGAUACUUUCACUAACUUCCAAAAGAGAUUCUUCAAGCUGAAGCCGUUUGGUGAUUAUGAUGUCGACAUUAAAAUCGAAGCUUGCGGUGUUUGUGGAAGUGAUGUACACACCAUCAGCGGUGGAUGGGGAGACCAAAAGUUCCCUCUUUGUGUUGGACAUGAAAUCGUCGGCAGAGCAAUCCGAGUUGGCCCCAAAGUGACACUGAUCAAGGAAGGACAACGCGUAGGCGUUGGAGCCCAGUCGUACUCGUGCGGUGAAUGCAAACAGUGCAAGAACGAGAACGAAACCUACUGCCCCAUCCAGAUGAUGGACACAUAUGGCUCCGAAUGGCCCGACACCGGCAUCGUCAGUCAGGGAGGAUACUCGUCGCAUGUGCGCACCCACGAACACUGGGUCUUCCCUAUCCCCGAUGCCCUCGACAGCAACCUCGCCGCCCCCAUGCUCUGUGCCGGACUGACGGCCUAUUCCCCGCUGGUGCGCAACGGAGCAGGGCCUGGAAAAAAGGUUGGAGUCGUAGGAUUGGGAGGGAUUGGGCACUUUGGAGUCAUGUUCGCCAAAGCCCUUGGGGCAGAGACCUGGGCGAUCUCACGGUCCCGGGCCAAGGAGGCAGAUGCACGGAAACUCGGGGCAGAUGGCUAUAUCGCCACUGCGGAGGAGGGGUGGGAGCAGGCGCAUCUGUUCUCAUUCGAUCUGAUCAUCAACUGUGCCAACUCAUCAGAGGGGUUCGAUCUGGCCAAAUACCUGUCCAUGAUGGAUGUGCAUGGCCGUUGGGUCAGCGUCGGUCUGCCCGAGGAAGAAGGCCAGGUCAUCAAGGCACAAAACCUGAUCCAGAACGGCGUGUUGAUUGGCGCAAGUCAUCUGGGAAGUCGACGGGAGAUGUUGGAGAUGCUGCAGCUGGCGGCAGACAAGGGAUUGAAGAGUUGGGUGGAGGAGCUUCAGAUCGGCGAGGAGGGGCUGAAGGAGGCGAUGUUGCGGAUGAAAAAGGGCGACGUGCAUUAUCGGUUUACGCUGACGGGAUAUGAGAAGGUGUUUGGAUAGAUGCAAGUCAGAGUAAUUAGAAUGAAGAAUGCGGUUUAUAUUUCUGUGGCCUCAAGGUACUCGCGAUGACUGUCGAUCAAAGGAUGAAGACGCAUACAGGACUAGUGGACGAUGAUUUGCAUUCCCCACGGGGAUCAAGCGGGGUAUCGUCGUACACCAGACAAUUGCUAUUGUCGUUCUUAUUAUGAUAAUAAUAAUAUUAAGAAGACCAGAUCAAUCAGUGAAGCUAUUAAAAUGUCUCAUGCCCA